UUUUCAAAAAUCAAACCCCUCCCCGAUCCCUCGCCUGCCUCUCUUCGCCACCGCCCAAUCCACCGCUAGGGUUUCGGUCCACCAUGGCGAGGGUCAGCCGGACGACGCCCAACGCCGCGGCAUCGUCGCGGACCAAGGAGACGGCGGCGGCGGCGCCCAAGUCGCGGUCGAAGAAGACCCCUGCCGCGCCCAGGUCGCGGACGAAGAAAACCCCCCCGGCCGCCACGCCGCCCUCUCCGUCUCCGGCGCCGGCGAAUCCGACGGCACCGGCGCCAGCGAAUCCGACGGCACCGGCGCCUGACCUGGAGGUGAUCGAAAUCUUCGAUUUCCCCACCCCAUCGGUUAGCUCGGGGAACAGGAAGCGGGAUCGGAAGAGGGCGGGGACGACCGCCUCCUCGCCGCUCGACGUCGACGAGAUCGAGAUGUGGACGCCGCGGCAGAACCGCCGAUUCGACGACGACUGCCUCAUCCUCUCCGCCGACCCCCUGGCCGCCAACAAGGCCCGGCCCGUCGUCGUCCCCGCCGCCGGCGCUGACGAAGACUUGGCGGUUCUCGCCGAGCGCGGCCCGGUGGCCUGCAGAGAUUUUCCGCACGCGAGGUAUCUCUGCGUCAAGUUCCCCUUCGCGACCACCCCUCACGAGAAGCACUGCGAGCAGUGCUACUGCUUUGUGUGCGACGUUGCUGCUCCGUGUGCAACUUGGAGAGGACAUGCCAAUUAUGGGCAUUGCCACGCUUCAGACCAGGACAAGAUUUGGAAAACCAUGAGAGGAGCGAAGAAGGCGAACACAUGCAAGACCUAUUGAUCGUCGACCAUGCUGUAAACAUCCAUUAGCUUGUAUGGUUGCUUUGCAGCAUUACAUGUAUAGAGUUGGAUUAGGAAAGAACAUGAUAUAAUCUUCUAUCUGAACUCGGUACAUGAGCUCGCAAUGUAUUGCGAACUAGCAGCCAAUAUAUGGCAUAUAUUAAUAGCGGUGCAAUCAAGUUAAUGUUCCAUCCAAUCUUAA